ACUUAGCCUUAAACUGAGUUCCCCUCCAGCCCCGAGCUGGGAGCAGCUCUCAAUACCCGGUGAGGCACGGAGCACUUGAGCUAUUUCAGCCCUAGGAAAAGCAUCGGAAUUGAGAUCGCAGCUCAGAGGAUACCAGGAGUCCCUUCGACCUUCUGAGGAGCCUUGUACUCUCGCACCUGGCUGCCUGGGACUUUCCUUAGGCAGUAAACAAAUCCAUAAGCAGGGAGAAGGCCGCGUGAAUAUGUCGAAACAGCCAGUUUCCAAUGUCAGAGCCAUCCAGGCAAAUAUCAACAUACCAAUGGGAGCCUUCCGGCCAGGAGCUGGGCAGCCCCCCAGAAGAAAAGAAUGCACUCCGGAAGUGGAGGAGGGUGCGCCUCCUGCCUCAGAUGAGGAGAAGAAGCCAAUUCCAGGAGCAAAGAAGCUUCCAGGACCUGCAGUCAACCUGUCGGAGAUCCAGAAUAUUAAAAGUGAACUGAAAUAUGUCCCCAGAGCUGAACAGUAAUUGGCAGAAAAUAGGCUUGAUGUGAAGAAUUGAAGAGGAAAAGAAUGGA